AUGAAAUCAGAAGAAUAUCGAACCCAAUAUCACCAGUUCAUGAUAGAAUACAAGGAUCUUGGCCACAUGAAAUUGGCUCCUACAAUUCCCAGUCAUCGAACGCAGUAUUACCUACCACACCACGGUGUCCUCAAACUAGAUAACACCACCACCAAAUUAAGAGUAGUAUUCAAUGGUUCCUACGUCUUAAUUUGGAUCAGAAGACAACGCUACCUGUUUGCCACCGACAUCACGAAAAUGUAUAGACAAUUUAAAGUACAUGAAGAUGACUGGGACCUACAGAAAAUUCUAUGGGUUAAUGAAAACAAUGAAGAAGUCUCUUAUCAAUUGAUAACUGUUACUUAUGGAACACGAGCUGUACCCUUCCUAGCAGUGAGAACACUACUGAAAUUAGUGGAAGACGAAGGAGCAAAGUACCCUCUAGCUGUGCCUUCCAUCAUUCAUGGAAGAUACGUUGACGACAUAUUCGGAAGUGCGGACACUCCUGGACAGCUAGUAAAGGUCGCACUCCAGUUACGAGACCUCUGCAUGGUGGGCGGUUUUCCACUUGCAAAAUGGUAUGCUACUCACAAGGAUGUCACCACUGCAGUUAAUGCCAACCAUAUUCAACCACAAGCAGUUUCAUUCGACGAUUGCACAACAAAAAUUCUUGGGCUAAAAUGGUCUCCUCAUUCACGACCAUACAGACACCAAAGUUUUGUAUCGCCAGUUGUAAUCAAGGCAAAGAUAUUCAUGCAGGAGCUCUGGCUACACAAGCUACACUGGGGCGAAGCCUUACCUGCACAACUGUCAUCCCAAUGGAUGAUCAUUAGAUAUAGAUUACAAAUAAAACGUUUAUUAAAAACGAUAUCCUACGACUUAUGAAUUAAAAUGGAAGCGCUUGUUCAUGACUUAACAUUAGCACUUGAAGAAAGCAAUAAUAAUAUGCAUGUUCGACAUCAUUGGAACAUUAGAAGGCGAACUCAUUCUGCAGGAAACAUUCCUUCAUUUACUGUAAGUAAAAUAUCCGAAGAUAGUUCAUCCUCUAUGUGUGAAAUGCAUUUUAAAAAACGUGUAGAAAUGUCAUCCAUGACAUUGAAAUGUCAUUCAGAUAGCGAUGAUUAUAAUUAUAAUAAUAGAUUCACUCAGUUUUCAACAAUAAACAAUAUGAAUAAUAUAGAAAGUGAUUCGGUUAAUGAAAAUUUUAUACCUCGAAACAUUACACGCCGUAAAAGAAAAUUUAAAAAAAUGUCUGUUGAUUCAGAUUAUAGUCCUGCAACAUCAACUGCUAUGGCUAAUAUUGUUACUACUAAUGACAAGAAAAAGCAAUUUUUUAGAAACAAUUGUGAUAACAAUCAAGAUAUUUGGUGUGGGAAAAGAAAAAGAUCGUACCGAGAACGAUCAACGGAUUGUGAAAUGCAAUCUACAAAGUUGAUUCGCAAUACAAAAAUAAAGAAUAAAGAUAAGUCUUCAGAUAAUAAUGCAAUGGAUUGUUCUUACAUAUCAAGUUCAAGUAUAUCUUCUAGUGAUUCCGAAGGAAUAAUUACAAAUGAAGAAGAUCGAGAAGGUGAUGAUGAACAAUCAGAUUGGAUCGGAGAUUCAAAUUGGUGGGAUGAUUCAGAAAAUAAAAACGAAGAAAAGUUACCAUUUAAUACUGCAUUUCAAUCUUUAAUACAUUUAAAUAUUGAACAUUUCAAUGAAGAAUCAAAAAGAAAUUAUAAACAAAAAAUUCAAUGUAUUCGUGAUGGUUUAAAUGGUCGUGAAAUUCUUGCUGGUCGUAGGCAUGUUAAUAAUAUCCCUGGAUACUCUAUUAUUACAUCAGUUAAUGAAAAAAUUUCUAGAUUUUUACAAGAUUCAAAUCAAACUAAACUAAAAUUAUAUCCAAUGCGACAAUUUGAACGUGAAAAAUUACGUCGUCUAGCAUAUCUUUAUAAUUUGAAUGUAAAAGGUGAUUUAACAUGUCCAGUUUUAUGUAAAACUAAAUAUACUACUCAAACAAUUUGUGUCGAUACAGUAUCGUUGAGAAAAUUAUCUGAUCAAAAGAAAUUGCAAAAACCUCUAAAUUCAAAGAGAGCAAUAGAAAAUCUCGUGUAUAAUAAUGCAAAAAUAGAUCAAUUAUCAAAUACUAAAUAUUUUAAAAAAUAUAAUACAUUGGAAUUCUAUUUUGGUCUCGAUGAUCGAGCCCUUAAUUUUCUUUUUGAUGAUUUGGUCCUCGACUUUGACCUUGAUAAUCUAGUCCUUGAUUUGGACAUCAAUUUUGACCAUGAUUUUAUAGUAGAUUUUGUUAUAGAUAUAAACUCAGAUGUGGAUCUUGAUCGUGAACUUGCAUUUAAAGAAAGAGAUCUAGAUCUAUAUCUAGAUACAUAUUUUGAUGAAGAUCUUGAUCUUAAUUCCACUGUAUGUGAAGUAUUUGAUAGAUUUUCUACUUUAGAUACAGAUUUCGAACAGAUUUUACCGGUCAUGCCACAAUAA